AUGAAGCAAUGCCAGCUUUUUGUGUUCUCAGUCGCGCUCAUAAGCAGUCUCAGCUGCUUAGAAGGCUCCACAAUGGAUAUUUACAAGAGCGCCCGUCUAGGACAUCGCAUUGUACAGACCCGAUAUGGUCGCUUGCAUGGUCUCAUUCUGCCCCUGGAUAACUUUCGGUUUUUGCGGUCAGUCGAAGUGUUUCUUGGUGUGCCAUAUGCGACACCACCCACGAAACAAAAUCGCUUCAGUCCAACACGUGCACCUGCCCCCUGGGAUGGCAUACGGAUCUCUGAUAAGUACAGUCCUGUGUGUCCGCAACGAUUGCCCAAUAUACAGAAUGAAACGGCGGCUCUAGAGAAAAUGCCCAAAGGCCGUUUGGAGUAUUUAAAAAGACUGUUGCCGUUUUUGGAGAAUCAAUCAGAGGACUGCUUAUAUUUGAAUAUCUUUUCGCCAGUAAAUGCCGGCGCCAAUGAAAAGAAACUGCCCGUAAUUGUGUUCAUACACGGCGAGUCCUUUGAGUGGAGCAGCGGUAAUCCCUACGAUGGCAGCGUGCUCGCCAGCUAUGGCGAGGUGGUGGUCGUAACGCUUAAUUACCGCCUCGGCAUUCUUGGCUUCCUCAAUGCCAAUCCUAGUCCGCACGCGCACGCACGCGUCGCCAAUUAUGCCCUAAUGGAUCAAAUGGCUGCCCUACACUGGAUACAGCAGAAUAUACAAAAGUUUGGUGGGGAUCCAAAUGCGGUUACACUCGCCGGCCAUGGAACAGGCGCUGCCUGCAUUAAUUAUCUGAUGACAUCGCCCACCAUGGUGCGGGGACUGUUCCAUCGUGCCAUUCUCAUGUCUGGAUCGGCGUACUCCUCUUGGGCACUCGUCGAGGAUCCGGUGCUCUUUGCCAUCAAACUGGCCAAGGAAGUUAAUUGUACGAUACCCGAGGACUUGAAUAAGCAUCAUGAACAAAUUGUCGACUGUUUGCGUGAUGUGCCGCUCGAGGAUUUAUAUGGGGCGGAUAUACAGGCGCCAAAUUUCCUAACCUCUUUUGGACCAUCGGUUGAUGGCGUUGUCAUACGACCCGGACAUUCCAAUCUCGAUAUCGAUGAUUUAAUGACGCGCAACUCGAAGCGUUCAUCAGCCGAUGGCGGUGGCAACAUGGGCGGUUCCAAUGGCAACAGUGGCGGUGGCUCCGGCAGCUCAACUUUUAGCAGCAAUGCUGGCUACUUUGGAGGCGCUGCCGCUGCAGCGGGCAUUGGCGGACACUACGAUGUACUCUUUGGGGUUGUGACUGGCGAAUCGAUUUGGCGUUUCAGCGCCCACGAUAUACAGAAUGGAUUCGAGGGCGAGCGUCGCGAUAAAAUUAUACGUACUUAUGUGCGCAACGCUUACAAUUACCACCUCAAUGAGAUUUUCUACACGAUUGUCAACGAAUACACGGACUGGGAUCGCACGUCCCAGCAUCCGAUUAAUACGCGCGACACAGCCGUUGCCGCACUCUCCGAUGCACAAUUUGUGGCACCCAUUGUACGCACUGGCGAUAUUCUGGCCGCCCUCUCCCCGCCCCCCAUUAGUAGUCAGCAAGGUGGUCAGACAAGUGGUGGUGGUGGCGGCACAGCUUCGGCCUCGGCCUCUACCUCAGCAUCCACACAGCCAUCGGGUCGCUGCUAUUUCUAUGUGUUCGACUAUCAGACCAAGGAUGGCGACUAUCCACAACGCAUGGGCACUGUGCAUGGCGAAGAUCUGCCCUAUAUAUUCGGUGCGCCACUGGUCGAUGGCUUCAGCCACUUUCCGCAGAACUAUACCAAGUCGGAGACAGCCCUGUCCGAAGCAGUGAUGAUAUUCUGGACAAACUUUGCAAGGACUGGCAAUCCGAACGAACAUCACCGCCAGGACUCCGUGCUGCCAGUUUCAAAGGAACGUAAUCGUUUUCGCAGCAUCACCUGGGAAAAUUAUGAUCCAUUGCAUCAAAAGUAUUUGGAAAUAGGCAUGAAGCCUCGCAUUAAGAAUCACUUUCGUGCCCAUCAACUGUCGAUUUGGCUGCGUCUGAUACCCGAACUACAUCGCGCCGGAAUGGAGGAUGUGAUAGCUAGGCAUAAUCUAUUUCGCAAUCACGAUGAUAUGGACUUGUACGAGGGACCUGUUAAACCGGAUCCAUUUGGUAUAUCAACAGCAACGUCAUCGUCAUCGUCUUCAUCCUCAUCGCGUCUUCUCCUCAUCGAUGAGCAAUUGAUGAUGAAGAAGGGACGCGGCAUGAAUGCGUCAGCCUAUUUAAAUGGCAUAUUGGGUGUGACUACCGUGGAGCCGAACAACAUGUAUACGACCUGUAUACCCAUUGGCGGCGGCAACUACACGGGCGCAACCGGUGGCGUUUUUGCGCCCACAACGCUGGCCAAUGCGUCCACAGAUACGCUGGCAUCCGGAUUCGAGGCAGCCGGGUAUGCGGCCUACUCGACCGCACUGAGCGUCACAAUCGCCAUCGGCUGCAGCUUGCUCAUAUUGAAUGUCCUGAUAUUUGCCGGCG